AUGUUUGGUUCCAUACCUUUUUUAUGGAGAGAUCUAUGGCAAACCAACGUUGUUUUAGGUUGUCGGAGACAAAAGGGUUCGGUAUUUGGUGGUCUUGUCGAGGCACCUUUGAUUCCAACUGAUUAUAAGUAUCAGGGAACCAACAAUACAUUUGUUUUCACUGAUAAGUCUGGACAACCCACAGUAUACCAUUCCACAGGUGCAAAUCGGUUUUACACGUUAUGCUCAAAGGACCUCCUAGCUCUCGGCGGUGGUGGACGGUUUGCUCUCUAUCUAGACAGUGAGCUGCUACACGGAUCAAGUGCUUGCUCAGAGACAUACGGGAACUCUUGUCUUGCAAACUCUCAGGACUUUGAUGUUAAGGAAGUGGAGUUAUGGGGAUUUGUGUAUGGCUCAAAGUAUGAUGAGGUUCUAUCUCUCAGCAGGAAAACCGAGACUAUUUGCAGGUGGUCAUGAUCCUCCUGGCGAAUAUUAUUAAAUGGAAGUAACAAGUGCAGUUUUCUUUUGUAAUUGUUGUUUUCUUUAUCUUAUAAGUGGUUUAAUGACAUCCCAAAUACACACUCAUUCGUAACUCUGAAAUCUUUUGAUUGUUGUAAUGAUACUGAAAUUAUCAAACAUAAAACUCAAUUUUGAAUA